AUGGAAUCAUAUUCUAUUGAAGAUUUAGAAAAUAAAUUAAAACAAGAUAAAACAGAGCUUCUUGAAAUUGAAGCAUUAUUAGAAGAGGAUAAUAACGAUGAUGAAUUACAAACAUUAAAAAAUGAUUUAAUUACAAUUAUAAAAACAACAACAGAUUUAAUUAUAAAGAAACAAAGAGAAAAAGAAACCAAUAAUAUAAUUAACAAUGUAACUACUCCUAUCAAUUCUACUAGUGUAGCAGUAAAUAAUACAAAUAAUAAUAAUAGUAAUAACAAUUUUAAUUCUUCUUCAGAAUUUAAAAAUAAUAAUAUAAUAAUACCACCACCAACAAUUAAUAAAAAAUCAACAUUUAAUGAUAAUGAUAAUAAUAAUAUACCAUCAAAUAUUAUUGAAGAUAAUUCAUUUUCAGAGACAAAAAUGACAGUUGGAUCAGUAUGUGAAGGACAAUAUUCAGUUGAUGGAAUUUGGUAUAGAGCAAAGAUUGAUUCAAUUAAUAAAGAUGGUACAUUUGUUGUAACAUACACUGAUUAUGGUAAUACGGAAACUUUAACAUUUGAUAAAAUUAGACCACCAACUAGAUCUUUAAAAUUAUUAGCAAAUCAAACAUUGGAACAAAAAAAAUAUUUACAAGCACCCGAUCAAAUUCAAGUGAUUCCAAAAUCUUUAAAAAUUUUACCAGAGGAUAGUGAAGAGGUUAAAAAACAAAAACAAAAGAAAAUUCAUUCAAUCAAAUCUAUGAAUCGUUUGAAAAAAGUUGAAGAAGAAGGUAAACAAAAAACUCAAGCUUGGAAAGAUUUCGUAAAUAAACCAAAGAAAUCUAUACCUGGCACUUUUACUGAUAGAAAAAAGACUUCAAUGUUUUCAACUGGUGAUGGUAUUCAUAGUAAAGUAGGUGUUAUUGGUAGUGGUAGAGGUAUGACUGAAUCUCAACAAUUUCAAUCUUUAGCUAAAAAAUCUUCUUCAAUUUAUCCUUAA